AUGUUGUAUGAUGUCGUGACGUCAUCGCAAGGUUGCUUAGAAGGAAGUGCAGUGACAUUAAGGCGAGCCGCUUGGCCGACGGGAUUUUUCUUCUUAUUUUUCUGCUUUCAAUUUGCUUCACUCCAAAGUGUCACGAUGCCGUUGGAUUGGCUAUUUGGGCACAGGAAGACACCUGAAGAAAUGCUUCGGCAGAACCAGAGAGCGUUGAAUAAAGCUAUGCGAGACUUGGACCGGGAGAGAAACAAGCUAGAAGGGGAUGAGAAGAAAGUCAUUAACAAUAUAAAGAAGAUGGCCAAAGAAGGACAAAUGGAUGCAGUUAAAAUCAUGGCCAAAGAUUUGGUGCGCACCAGACGUUACAUCAAGAAAUUCAUUUUAAUGAAAGCAAAUAUUCAAGCUGUGUCUUUGAAAAUUCAGACUUUACGAUCAAACAAUGCAAUGGCACAAGCAAUGAAAGGUGUGACACGAGCGAUGCAGACAAUGAAUAAACAAUUAAAGAUGCCACAGAUCCAGAAAAUUAUGAUGGAAUUUGAAAAGCAGUCUGAAAUUAUGAACAUGAAAGAAGAAAUGAUGAAUGAUGCCAUUGAUGAUGCAAUGGGAGAUGAAGAUGAUGAAGAAGAAAGUGAUGCAGUAGUUGCCCAGGUACUUGAUGAACUUGGACUACAAAUGGCAGAUGAACUUUCAGGCUUACCCAAUGCUGCUGGAAGUUUGACGACUGGAGCAGGAAAACAAGCCCAGGCCACUGCAGCUGCUGCUGCUGUCAGUGAUGCAGAUGCUGACCUUGAGGCAAGUACGUGCCUGCAUCUGUCAAAAUGA